UUAGUGUAAUUGUCUUAUUUUGCCAAAAUUAUUACCCCCUAAUAUUUAGGGCAGAUAUGGACGGUGCCAUUUCCUAGGGUCAGGGGUGUGUCCUGGUCAGUCCAAAAUAAACAGGGAGGCACAAAUGCACAGCGGAUUAUUUUUAUCUCACACCGGACGUCUUGAAUAUGUAACAGUUCUGUAAGCUAGAUUCUGUUGGUCCACAGAUUACCGUCAUUUACAUCAUGCGUUGUUUCCUUUUGUGAGAAAGUUUUGCCAGGAAACCGUCACGUGACCCAUCGUGUCACGUGACCUUUCCAUCAAUCGCGACAUCACUUUCACUCUCUCAAGUCUCGGAGAGCCCGCACACGGCCAGUGGCCCGGCCCCAACGCCACGUCACAAACGGGAACGGAAUCAUCGAGUACGACACACGCGUGCUCAGUUCUCCUGCGCCCACCACCGCCCAGCCAUCUCGUACGGUUCCGGCCCCGUCUCCCCCCGAUCCCUUGCGUACGACGAAGCGGAACGAAUCGACACGGAGGCUAGGGGCUGAGAGAUCCAAGGCUCGCCAGACGGACAUAUUAGACGUCAAACUUCACUGCCAUUGUGAGUUUUCCACCAGCUAAACCUCAGAAUGGCUGACAGUUCCAACCAAUCACAUCGCUGUCCCAAGUCAUGUGACACGUUCGUCGCCUUACCUCCGGCCACCGCGGACGGGCACAUCAUUUUCGCCAAGAAUUCCGACCGUCCGGCAAACGAGGUCCAAGAAGUGGUCUACUUCCCGGAGGGCUCAUACGAGGCUGGGACCCAACUGGAGUGUACGUACAUCACAAUACCACAAGUACAGCACACACACGCCGUGAUCCUGAGCAAGCCGGCAUGGAUGUGGGGGGCGGAGAUGGGGGCCAAUCAGCACGGAGUCUGCAUCGGGAACGAGGCGGUAUGGUCCAAGCUGUGCGGGCCCGACACCGAGGAAGAGAGGCUGCUGGGAAUGGAUUUGCUCAGACUGGGACUUGAGCGAGGUUCGACAGCCAAAGAAGCCCUGGACGUGAUGACGACACUACUGGAGCAGCAUGGGCAGGGCGGACCAUGUAUGGAGGAGGGGGGGACACCUUGGUGCUACGACAACAGCUUCAUCAUCGCUGACAGGAGAGAAGCCUGGGUGCUGGAGACAGCCUCCAGAUUGUGGGCGGCUGAGAGGAUCACCAGCGGGUGCCGUAAUAUCUCAAACGAACUCAGUGUCCGGACCAAAAUCGAUGCCAUGUCUGAGGGCCUUAAGGACCAUGCCCAGAAACACAGCUACUGGUCGCCCGAGGAGGGGGACUUUGACUUCGCACGUGCCUACAGCCAAGACUUGCCUAACAACAUCGACGAGGACCCCACGGGGAGGGCCGGCGCUGGGAAGAGGUUGAUGGAGAAGUAUUCAGGAUCCAUCAAGGCUCAGACAAUGUUCACCAUCUUGAGAGACAAGAAGAGCGGGAUCAACAUGGAUGGCUCUUUCCGAACGACGGCCUCCAUGGUCUCUAUCCUUCCCCCUCCCGACACCGGCACGCCGUGCUGUCAUUGGUUCACCGCGACCCCCGACCCCAGCAAAUCCGUCUUUAAACCUUUUAUUUUCUGCAACGGAGUGGAGAUCGCGAAGUACACGCACUCGCCGGAGAGGGGGGCGGAUGACCCAGUGAGGAUAAAGCCUCGUUUCCAGUCCAACGUGGACCGCAGGCACCCCCUGUACCGGGCACACGAAAAGGCCAUGAUGGCAGCAGAGGGCAACCAGGACAAGCGGAAAGAGCUGCAGAAGACGAUGGCAGAGCUGGAGGAGCAGUGCAUCAUGGGAAUGGAGGCAUUCCUGAAGGAUUCGGCACAAGAUAUGGCAGACGAGGACGAGAUUCGGGAACUGUUCAUAGACUGUGUGGAGACCGAGAUGAAGUUCUACAAAUGAGGGCAGAGGGGAAGGGUCAAAGUUGAAAGGUCGUCUCUAUGGAAACUGCAAAUCAUUAAAGGUAAAUGAAGGCAAAGGUACUUAUGGUUGAAAUGAUUAUUGACUACAGAAUUCUAUGGUACGUGUGGCUGGCUACUAUAAUAAGAAAAAUAUUAGUUGUAGAUGAAUAAUUGGGCAAAAAAUGUGCUCAUUUUGUAACGAAAUUAAUUUUGAUGCAUUCAUUGUAUGUAAUCUUCCUGUUUUUUGAUGACAAACAAUUCCCACCCCAAUUCCCUAAUUGAAUACAGCAGAAUUUAAUGAGUGAUUUUUAA